CGGGCGCAGGGGAGGGGCAGGACCCGGCUCCUCCUGCCCCAGCCCACGGGAGGAGCCUGCCCGGCCGGGCCGGCGCUGCGCGCUGCAGCAUGACCGCGGCGGAGGCGAAGGACUAUCUCUCGCGGAGAGCGAUCCCGCAGCUCUUCGAGAGCAUGUUAACAGGCUUGAUGUAUUACUGCCCUGAGGACCCCAUCGACUACCUGGAGCGCUGCUUGCAGAAGGUUCGGGAGCUGGGUGGUCCUGAGAAGGUGCAAUGGGACACUUUCAUUGGCCAGGAGCGGCGGACCCUACCCCCCAUCAAUGGCGGGCAAGGGAAGAAACCCAUUUUCUGGACAGACCCUCUUGCAGGGCCAUAUCGCCGGUAUGGGUGCCUGCCACCCAUCCAGAGCCAGUUCUCCAUCGAGAGUGACUCGGACAUGACAGAGUCCACUGGACUGAUCCAGGAGUAUGAUGUCUUCGACCCCAGUAGACCCCGUCCCAAAAUCAUCUUUGUGAUUGGGGGCCCUGGCAGCGGGAAGGGCACUCAGAGCACCAAGAUGGCCUCCCACUUCGGCUUCGUCUGCAUCUCGGUCGGUGAGAUCCUGCGCAACCAGUUGAUCCACCACGCCACCAGCGAUGGGAAGUGGGAGCUGAUCGCCAAGAUCAUCGCCAACGGGGAACUGGCCCCGCCAGAAACUACCAUUGAGGAGCUGAAGCAGCAGUUCAUUAAGCAGCAAGACGCCAACGGCUUCGUGGUGGACGGGUUCCCGCGGGAGAUAGGACAGGCCUUCACCUUCGAGGAGCAGAUAGGCUCCCCAGACCUGGUGGUUUUCUUGGCCUGCUCCAACCAACGUCUCCGGCAGCGUCUGGAGAAACGGGCGCAGGAGCAGGGCCGGCCGGACGAUAACGCCCACGCCAUUGACCGGAGGGUGGAGACCUUCAAGCAGAACAUCCCGCUGAUUGUGAAAUAUUACCAGGACAAGAGCGUCAUCGUCCGGUUUGACGCAGACAGAGAGGAGGACGACGUAUUUGGUGACAUCAGCUCUAUGGUUCAGGAGCGGCUCUUCCCACGUGGCAUCGAUGCAGCAGGGUCCCCGCAGUUGGCUCUGUUAGACUCGCCUUAUGGUGCAGACAGAGAACAGCCUCAGGAGGAAGAUGAGGAAGGGCAGACUGAAGAGCUUCUUUGCCCAGAUCUCCUCAGCAUGGCAACAGAAAAACUGAAGAACAGCAAAAUCAUCUUCGUGGUGGGCGGGCCCGGCUCAGGAAAAGGGACCCAAUGCGAGAAGAUUGUCCAGAAGUAUGGCUACACCCACCUGUCCACCGGUGACCUCCUGAGGGCAGAGGUCAACUCUGGCUCGGAGAGAGGCAAGAAGCUCUCUGCCAUCAUGGAGAAGGGAGAGCUGGUGCCCCUGGACACGGUGCUUGAUAUGCUGCGAGACGCCAUGGUGGCCAAGGCAGAUGUCUCCAAGGGGUUCCUGAUUGAUGGCUACCCCCGAGAGGUGAAACAAGGCGAGGAGUUUGAGAAGAAGAUCGCCCCCCCAACGCUGCUGCUCUACGUGGAUGCCGGGAAGGACACCAUGGUCAAGCGUUUGUUGAAACGGGGUGAGACCAGCGGGCGGGUGGAUGACAAUGAGGAGACGAUCAAGAAGCGCCUGGACACUUACUACAAGGCCACUGAGCCGGUCAUCACGUUCUACGAGAAAAGAGGGAUCGUCCGGAAGCUGAACGCAGAAGGCUCCGUGGACGACGUGUUUGUACAGGUCUGCACUCAUCUGGAUGCCCUGAAGUAAAGCACGAAAGGGACCCCCUGCCUCUAACCCCUUCCCACCCAGAGAGAACAUCACCCUCUUCCCACCCCCAGAGCCCAAGUAUUCUCCCCCCCCCCCCCGCCCAGAUUCGAGCUCCAUGGCAGAGACAGCGGAAGUGGCUUUAUCCUGUUUUCGUGGACACAGCCCCGUGGAGGAAAUUUCAAGGACAUUGUGUUUGACUCCUUCCCUUCUCGCCACAGUAAAAUUCACUUUAAUGAGCCCAGGCUUUAUCUUUUUCUUCUGCAACAGGAAGUGAGUUUUUCUUUCCAGAUAUUUUUCCCCCCCACUGCGCCCUGAGGUUGAUUAAAGGCAGGAAGUGGCUGUUUAUCCCACUCCAUGGCAUCAGCAGGAGGAGAGGGGAAUCUGCUCCUGCCUGGAGGAAGAGGAUUCUCUGACAGCACACGCAACUUGCUCCCUCUUUUGAGCAGAGGAUGCAGUUGAGAGUCUUAAAAUCUGCCUGGGACAGAGGGAAUUUGAAUCAAAUGCAGAGAAAACCCCAUUUGAGCCAGGGCUGGGCAACAUCUCCCCCUGUGUGACUGUAGAGCCAGACACCGACGAGUGUCACCACUGCUGAGCCCCAACCCUCCCGCCCCCACCCUCCUUGCACGAUGUGAGUACAGGGAGAGAGCAGUGACCAAGCAGGGGAUGCCCUGGGACAGGGUCAGACUCCCCCAGGGGGUGUAUAAAAUCCAUUUCCUCCCCCUCCAUUCCCCACUGUGAUGCUGCCUGCACAGAGCCAGCGUCUGCCAGCAGAGAAGCCCAGCGUUAGCAGCAGAGAGCCCAGGGUUUGGGGGUAGGGUGACCAGACAGCAAAUGUGAAAAAUUGGGACAGGGGGUUGGGGUGGGGGGGUAAUAGGAGCCUAUAGAAGAAAAAGACCCAAAAAUCGGGACUGUCCCUAUAAAAUCGGGACAUCUGGUCACCCUAUUUGGGGGUGGUAUCUUGUCCUGCUUUAGAACAUGAGGGAAUAGUCUCUCCAGGACCCUGGAGUCCAGCUGCCCUGUACCUUUGUGAAGCUCUGUCUCCAGGGAAGACUUUGGAGGCUGAAGUGCAUCUCUGCUGAAACCCCUCUCCGCCUGCUUUUUCCCAACCCUCCCAAGACUUCUAGGGCUUUGGGUGGGUUACCAAGGGCCCUGACUGAGCCUAGGGGCUACCCCAAAAUGCUGUGAUGUGAACACUGUGCCUCAUUCAAUCGCUGUCUUACUGUGCUUUUUAGGGCUCCCGCGCCACACACACGCUCACACAUUCUCACACUGUCUCCCACACACUCAUUGAUGGCAGCUCUUCUCUUCCUCGUUGGUUUUUUUUUUUUUUACAAUGGUUACAAACAAAAGUAUUGAUGAAUGAAAAGCAGCAACCCCCCAGAGUCUUAAAGGCGGCAUGUUGUCCCUGCUGCCCGAAUGUACACUGACAUAUCGUUAUUAAAGAGCGUGGCAGAAAAGUG